AUGCUUUCGUACGGAGAUAUCUCUUUGAGGUCGGUGAACUUCAUCUUUCUCAUUAUUGUUCUUGGUUUAAGUGGAUCUUUGGCUGCCACUACCAUCACACAGUCGAACUCACAAGUCAACUUUUGUGUUUUCGCAGCUGCAUUUGCUUUGCUUACAUCCACGUUUUACGGGUUGGCUGCAUACUUCAUUUCAUUCUUGGCAUCUCCUUUAUUCCUGGUCAUUUUUGACUUCUUGAACUUUGUGUUCACUUUUGCUGGUGCCACUGCCUUGGCUGUUGCAAUCAGAGUGCACUCUUGCUCCAACACAAAGUACCUAAAGUCCAACAAUGUCGCACAAGGAUCUUCUGACAGAUGCAGAAAGGCUCAAGCAACAUGUGCCUUCCUCUACUUUUCAUUUUUCAUCUUCCUAUUCUCGCUCGCAGUGCAAGUGAUCAGUUUAUUGAAGAAUGGACUUUUCGGAACAUCUUAUUCUCAAAGUCGGCAAGAACAGGUGUUCCUACACUGUCCCAGGUUUAAGUGA